UGUAUCAGUCUUCAAGCUGAUCUUGGCACUAAAGGACUAGUUUAGAUUCAGUGUUUAGUUUUGUGCUGUAUCCUUUAGAAAUGGCUCUGGGGAGAUUGGGUAAAUUUUUAAAAGACCACCCGUGGAGUAGUUACACGGUUGUCUACCUUGUUCUCAUUGCUGUAGAAAAACUUGUAGAGAACGACUUUGUGUGCCCCUGUAGACGUGGAUACACAUGGGCAUUUUUCUCUUUAUACUUGUUGAUGCCCCUUCUUAUUUGUCUGAACAUUGGUGUUUACCUGUGGAUCUCCAGACGCUGGUCUGAUUCAGAAGUUCCAGAACAACUGAAAUGUUGCCCAGGCUGGUGUAAAUGCUUUAUGAAGUUUCUGACCUGUGCUUUUCCAUCUUUUUUUUGGCUGGCCUUGUUUUUUGGUGAUGGCAGAUUUGUAGCCUGUUUGAUCACUCAACUAAAAGAACAUCAUCUUGACAGCAAUGUGCAGCCUCCGUGGGAAUGGUGUGACAGAAACCGAACACUGACUGAAGAGCAGAAUCAUGUACAGAAAUCAUUUUACAAAUCCAAGAUUACAGUUAUCAGUGGCAUCUCUGCCAUCCUGCUUCUAGCACUGAUUUGUCAGUGCUGUGACAGACGCUGUGCCAGAAGCUGUGGCAGAAGCUGUGAUGGAUGCUACGCCAAAGGCAGCAGUGAAUGCUGUGAUGAAAGUGACAAUAAAUGCUGUGCCAGAAGCUGUUGUAGAAGCUGUUGCAGAAGCUGUUGCAGAGUUUACGUCAGAUGCUGUAGCAGAGAUUGUGGUGGCUGCUGUUGUGGAUGGUGUGAAGAAUAUCUAGCCAGCAGAAUGGAAACAUUAAGCCCUUCAAUUCACACAGUGUACUGUGUAGCAAAGCGCACUGUGGAGCGUGCAAGCAUAUAUUCCGUCUCUGAUGGUAUUACAGUUUAUCUGAUUACUCUUAAAGGGAAUCAGAUCCCUAAACUACAGGAGGGAGAAACUUACAUUAUAGAAAACGCCACAGUGAAGGACGACCAUCCAGUCCCUGUAAUGAUCCUGGGAAAUGAAACAGAAGUGUUCCGGACGGCUCCACUGCAGCUGGAUGAGAAAUUAAUUCGUAAAGCGCAAGAGAGCAUCAAUCCUUCUUCAGAGAGAGCAGCUCUGAAUGAUCCAGGACUGUACCUGAAAAAGGGCUACAUAACCCUGACAGGAGAAGUUGUUUCAGUGAGCGCUCCCCAGCCGAUUAAGGGAGACACCUCUGUGAGAUAUAUUGAGAUUGAGGAGGCUGGUGUCAGGGUGACAGUGUCACUACAGAAGGAGGCAACAACUGAGCCACUUAUCAAAGACCAGGAGAUCAAGAUCACUCACGUCAAAGUGAGCGAAACCAAGCUAUCUGGAAAAAAACUGAUGUCGUCUGACUACACAGACAUUUCUCGGACUGAAAGAAGCCUCAUAAAUAUUGUGGGACUUGCUACAAAAGACAGCAAUAAAGUUCUUCUGACAGAGGAUCGGCAGAAACUGAACGUCCACUCCAGUGUCUGGCAUGAAGAUCCUGACCAGCUGCUACAAACACUGCCAGUAGAGCUGGAAAUAACCAAAAGGGGCCAAGAAGUUAUGCAAGUGAAAAAGCCUGAUUCUGAAAAGUUCCCGGAUUUCGCCUCCCCCCCUCUACACACGGCUGUGGGCUUUACCAGCCAGUAUAAGGGAAGCCCCGGAAGGCGCCCGCGUUCCCCUAAGGAACAGGACCGAAGAGAUCACAGGUUCCCGGAUUUCGCCUCCCCCCCUCUACACACGGCUGUGGGCUUUACCAGCCAGUAUAAGGGAAGCCCCGGAAGGCGCCCGCGUUCCCCUAAGGAACAGGACCGAAGAGAUCACAGAAUGGAAACAUUAUGCUCUUCAGUGCCGAGAGUACACUGUGUGGUAAAGCGUACUGUGCAGCGCGCAAGCAAAUUUGUCAUUUCCGGAGACUCUAAGAGUCACGGAGAGAGAAGAUGUGGCUCUGUGUUCCGUCUCUGAUGGUACUGCAGUUUAUCUGAUUACUCUUAAAGGAGAUCAGAUCUCUAAACUACAGGAGGGAAAGACUUACAUUAUAGAAAACGCCACAGUGAAGGACGACCAUCCAGUCCCUGUAAUGAUCCUGGGAGAUAAAACAACAGAAGUGUUCCGGAUGGCUCCACUGCAGCUGGAUGAGAAAUUAAUUCGUAAAGCGCAAGAGAGCAUCAAUCCUUCUUCAGAGAGAGCAGCUCUGAAUGAUCCAGGACUGUACCUGAAAAAGGGCUACAUAACCCUGACAGGAGAAGUUGUUUCACCGAGCGCUCCCCGGCUGAUUCAGGGAGACAUCCCUGUGAGAUAUAUUGUGAUUGAGGAGGCUGGUGUCAAGGUGACAGUGUCACUACAGAAGGAGGCAACAACUGAGCCACUUAUCAAAGGCCAGGAGAUCAAGAUCACUCACGUCAAAGUGAGCGAAACCAAGCUAUCUGGAAAAAAACUGAUGUCGUCUGACUACACAGUUAUUUCUGUACAACAGGGAAGCAGAGUUGAGGAAAGAAGAAGCCUCCUACAGCAUGAAGGACUUGCUACCUCAGAUGACAGCAAUUUUCAUUCAGCCAGAAGGGACCAAGAGGUUAUAGAUGUGGAAGUUUUUAAAUUCUGAAUUGUAAAUGUGUUCUGCGCUGCACAUCACGUUCAGCAUUGUUUUUUGAUGCUUUACCAACUUCUAUCCAUUUACAUUUACAGCAUUUAGCAGAUUAUCCAGAGCGACUUACAAGAAGUGCUUUGCUUUGUACUCUCCAGUCUUACACUUGUUCUUUUUUUCACCAAAAUAUUGUUGUAAAUUAUUUCUAAAUUGAAUUAAACAUUUCUGCAUUUUCAUUUAAUUUCUGAUCAGAUAAAAGGCUUAAGUUUAGGCAAAUGUUAAAAAAAGAAUGUUAAUGUUAAAUGCUUUGAAAUUAAAUGCUUUGAACUCA